UUCACGUUUCACAGUAACGGUUCACGGUUCAGUCAGGCCGUUCUUGGAGAAAUCCGAGCUAUAACGAAGCCCUUCCUCACGCAUCAUCAUCCUUCCUGCCUUCCUUUCUUCGCCCUGAUUUCGCUCAUUAUUAAUUACUUUGACGAUUGGAUUUCGAUUCGAUCGUUAACAAAGAAGGGAGGAAGAGGGGAAGGAAGGAUGGUGCUGUCCCAGAAACUUCACGAAGCCUUCAAAGGGACGGUGGAGAGGAUCACCGGCCCCCGCACCGUCUCCGCGUUCAAGGAGAAGGGCGUCCUCAGCGUCUCCGAGUUCGUCCUCGCCGGCGAUAAUCUCGUCUCCAAGUGCCCCACGUGGUCCUGGGAGUCGGGCGAGCCCAGCAAGAGGAAGUCCUACCUGCCCGCCGACAAGCAAUAUCUGAUCACGAGAAACGUGCCUUGUCUAAGGAGGGCUGUUUCGGUGGAAGAAGAAUAUGAGGCUGCAGGAGGGGAAGUUCUGCUUGAUAAUGAUGACAAUGAUGGCUGGAUUGCCACGCAUGGGAAGCCGAAAGAGACCAAGCAUGAUGAGGAGGACAAUUUACCUUCCAUGGACACCCUAGAGAUCAGCAAAGACAGGGCUAUUCGGUCCAUCCCCCCAUAUUUCACCGGUGAGGUGGAGGAAGACAUACCUGACAUUGGGGAUUUUGAAGGUUCUGAUAACCUUGUUGAGAACGAUCCGGCUACUCUCCAGCCUACUUAUUUUGUUACGCAUGAACCUGAGGAUGACAACAUCCUUCGAACCAGAACAUAUGAUGUUAGCAUCACGUAUGAUAAAUAUUACCAAACUCCUCGUGUAUGGCUUACUGGAUAUGAUGAGUCAAGAAUGCCUUUACAGCCAGAGCUUGUACUUGAAGAUGUUAGCCAGGACCAUGCACAUAAAACGGUGACAAUUGAGGACCAUCCUCAUUUGCCUGGGAAGCAUGCAUCUGUUCAUCCAUGUCGACAUGGUGCUGUGAUGAAAAAGAUCAUUGAUGUUCUAAUAUCACAUGGUGUUGAACCGGAAGUCGAUAAGUACCUUUUUUUAUUCUUGAAAUUUAUGGCUUCGGUGAUUCCGACCAUUGAAUAUGACUACACUAUGGACUUUGAUCUUGGUAGUUCCAGUCACUGACAAGAGGUGGCAGGUAUGGUUGAGAAGGCGCUUGGAGUAGUCAUGCAUGUCAAUUUGCAGCAUAUCUUCAUAGCCAGUGUACGUACCAUGAGUUGCCAUGCAUAUCUGAAUUAUCAGUAACAUGAUGGCAGCUUGUUCAAACUCUUACUGGUGGCUCUAAACUGUCUUUAUGUAAAUGAAAUAGUUUGAUGGUUAUUUGCUACUAAAAAAAUUAAACAAAAGAAAAAAAAAGUAUUGGUCAUUUGGUCCUAUAUCUAAAAAGCAUCUUAUACUUUUCUCAUUAACGGUAAAGUGUCUACUCCUCUUACCGGUAGUUGUGGCAUCAGGCAGGAGAUCUGUUGUCUCCUUAUUU